AUGGAUUUGCCUGACGACUGUUUUGAUUAUUGCGACACAAAGUUCUUUGAUUUUGCUCGGAAGCUUGCUGAUCCAUUAGAAGCCGAACUUUUCGAGAUUCAACACGUACGAAGUGUGCCGUCACUCUUAAAGACACACGAUAGUGUUUCGAUUAUGGAAUUGGACUGCCUUGAUUUGAAUCAAAUUAAAGACACCAUCUCCUUCAAAGUCAGCAAUGGCCCUCGUGUUGUUAAAGCCGCCGUGAAAGGAAACAUGGAAUUUUUGAUCGAAGCUUUCAGUAAUAAAAACGAGUUGCAUUUGAAACAACAGAAAGUAAAAUGCUCGAAGACUGUCGCAGCAUCCAUUGCCAAGCAUUCGUCGUCUUCUCCUGUUUCUCAUUCGAGAAAAGAUGUUCUCUCCAAAGAUGAUCACGAAAAAUUUAUUGUCGAUUCAUUAAGCAACUGGGGCAAGUCAAAUUCGGACAGUUUGAGAAUGAAUGAACUUGAACUGAUUUACGACUCAGACUUCACACUGGCCAUUCAGGAAAAUUCAUCACAAUUUGAAGCAACAAUCCACGGUACUGGUCGAACCGAUGUCAAACUUCUCAUACAAGGUGGUAAAUUUCAAAUAUCAAAUUACUAUAAACACUUAAAAGCAGUGAAAUGUCAAAUGAUGAAACAGAAGAAGAAGAUCGACAAAGAAGCAAAGCAACAACAGCAACAGAGCAGUAGUAAUACGGAAACGUCUAGAAAAUUGGAGACAAGCAAGUAUAUUGUUAAUUAUAUGGUUCUCAAGACACGACUAAUUCUAAAAAAAGUUCUUUUGAAUACCAAGAGCUCAAUAAAAAACGUGUACGUAUGCCCAAAUGUAGUAUAG